AUGAAGACAGCUGAAAUGAAUGCGAACAUUGCCGUAGGAGAUCACCGGGAUCUUCUGGAUAUCAUCGACAAGCUCCGUUUACAGGGAGUCAGUCAUUAUAUUGACCUUCCCGAAAUUAUUGUUUGUGGAGAUCAGUCUGCGGGGAAGAGCUCUGUCCUCGAGGCCGUCUCAGGUAUGAAAUUCCCAAUCAAGGACGGCCUUUGUACGCGUUUCGCCACGGAGUUGAUUCUUCGUCGGGGCCCCAAGAUGAUUAUUGAUGUAUCCAUCACUCCUGGUGGAAGCCGGUUUGGUGAAGACAAAGAACGCCUUGAGACUUGGAAGCCAACAGCCAGCAUCAACGAAGAGGGUCUAGGCGCCGUGACAAAGGAGGCAGAGGCUAUGAUGGCCAUCCAAAGCGGCACAGCUGUAUUCUACGAAGAUACACUCCGUGUCGAGCUCACUGGACCAGAGCAGCCACACCUAACAAUGGUGGACCUUCCUGGACUCUUCAGAGGUGGGAACAAGAAUCAAUCUGACGCCGAUAUCAACAUUGUGCACGAUAUGGUGGAGAGGUAUAUGGCGCGAGAGCGGAGUAUCAUACUCACUGUUGUGUCAGCCAAGUACGAGUAUGUUCUGCAAGAAGUCACUCGGAUGGCCCAGAAAGCCGACCCAGAAGGCUUGAGGACCAUGGGCAUCAUCACAAAGCCUGACACGUUGGAUGUUGGAUCUGAGUCUGAAAGCUACUUUGUGCGCCUCGCCCAAAAUAUUGAAGAAAAGCUCGAACUUGGAUGGCAUGUUUUGAGAAACCGCAGUUACGACGAGCGUGACUUCACAUUGGUACAGAGGAACAAAAAAGAGAAAGAGUUUUUUUCCCAAGGAGUAUGGAGUUCCAUUGAGUCUUCAAAUUGUGGAGCAGAGCCCUUGAUGGUCAGAUUGAGUAACGUCUUGAGAAACCAAAUUCUUGUUGAGCUUCCGAGUCUUGGAGAGGAUGUUGAACAUGGUAUCCUCGACUGCGUUGAGAGACUCGAACGUCUGGGUCCGGUAAGAGGUACUUCACAGCAGCAACGAAGCUACCUUUUGCGUGUGAGUGAAAAUUACACACUUUUGAUGCGACAGGCAGUGGAUGGCACUUACACGGAUCGUUUCUUCGGCGACCGGAACGAACGCGCUAGUCUUUCCAAAAGGUUGAGAGCUGUGGUACGGUUGAGACUUGACGAAUUUGCAGAGGAAAUGCGAGUAGACGGUCAGAGUCAACACAUCGAUGAUUCAGCGAGUGAAGAUAGGGAUGAAGACUCUGAUAACUCGCGAGUCAGAGCGACAAGCAUCUCUCGGUCUGAAUUUAUCAACGAUGUUGCUCGCCGUCUCAAAUACUACCGAGGGCGCGAGCUUCCAGGCCUCUUCAACCCUCUGAUCGUCACUGACCUUUUCGUCGAGCAAUGCGCACCAUGGAGGAGGAUUGCCAAGAGACUUGCUGAUGACAUGCUCGAUAUAGCGCACUUUACGACUGAACAGGUAGUCGAGCAAAGUGCCGCAAGAGAAGUCUCUGAAAGGAUCUUGAGACUCAUUCGUAAAGAAGUAGAGGGUCUGAGAGUCAAAAUGAGCAUCGAGAUUGACGCGCUGCUUGAAUCGGCUACGCAGCAUCCUAUCACCAACAACCCGCAGCUUGUCCAGCACGUCCAGCAGACCCAGGAAGAUCGACACAAACGCAUGGUUAAGUCACUGAUUACCAAGAUGUUUGGAACGAACCGUUUUGACGGCUCUGACAAGAAGAUCAGUAUAAAUCCGCUUGAACUCUUAACACUGGCUGGACAGGGAUUCGAGCCAAACAUGGAGCGCUUCGGAAGCGCAUUGGCAGUAGAUUAUAUGAAAGCAUUCUACAAGGUUGCAGUCAACAGGUUCAUCGAUGAUGUGAGCGUUCUAGCGAUAGAAGACUGCCUCAUCAGCAAGCUUCCCUCACUAUUCACAGCAAGUAGUGUCGCUGAGAUGAGUGAUGAAACCUUACACCUCCUUGCGGGUGAAAAUGAGGAAUCAGCCAACGAGAGAAAACGCCUAGAGCAAAAACAGGGGAUUCUGGAGAAAGGAUUACAGGACCUCAAGAGCCUCUACAAACACAGCACGGUCGCCGGUAGCAGAAGAUACCAAGUGCUGUUGUCCGAAGAUCCUGAGAAGGUGUCAGCCAUAACACAGAGCAAAUCUGAGAAAGGAUCAUCUACUACCGAUAGGGGCAGGGCAGCAUCUGAAGUCUUUGUUGAGGAAGUUCCUAUCAGUCCGGAGCAGCGCCCUGAACUUCAAGCAGAUCAUAUUAAGUGGCCAGAUGAAAAUGGUGUGAAGGACUACUGGCCACCUCCUGCCAUGAGGAAUUACGUGAAGAAUACCUUGGGUGAAGACCAUCGAUGGAGCAACUGA